AUGGAGCUAAUGGACCCAGUCAGUUAUUCAGAACCGAGUCAACUGAGUGACACAUUGCACCACCGGGACACCACCGGGACACCACCGGGACACCACAGGGACACCACCGGGACACCACAGGGACACCACCGGGACACCACCGGGACACCACAGGGACACCACCGGGACACCACCGGGACACCACCGGGACAUCACAGGGACACCACCGGGACACCACCGGGACACCACAGGGACACCACCGGGACACCACCGGGACACCACCGGGACACCACAGGGACACCACCGGGACACCACAGGGACACCACCGGGACAUCACAGGGACACCACCGGGACACCACAGGGACACCACAGGGACACCACCGGGACACCACAGGGACACCACAGGGACACCACCGGGACAUCACAGGGACACCACCGGGACACCACCGGGACACCACAGGGACACCACCGGGACAUCACAGGGACACCACCGGGACACCACCGGGACACCACAGGGACACCACAGGGACACCACCGGGACACCACAGGGACACCACAGGGACACCACCGGGACACCACCGGGACACCACAGGGACACCACAGGGACACCACCGGGACACCACCGGGACACCACCGGGACACCACAGGGACACCACCGGGACAUCACAGGGACACCACCGGGACACCACCGGGACACCACAGGGACACCACAGGGACACCACCGGGACACCACCGGGACACCACAGGGACACCACAGGGACACCACCGGGACACCACCGGGACAUCACAGGGACACCACCGGGACAUCACAGGGACACCACCGUGACACCACCGGGUCUCCACCGGGACACCACAGGGACACCACAGGGACACCACCGGGACACCACCGGGACAUCACAGGGACACCACCGGGACACCACCGGGACAUCACAGGGACACCACCGGGACACCACCGGGACAUCACAGGGACACCACCGGGACAUCACAGGGACACCACAGGGACACCACAGGGACACCACCGGGACACCACCGGGACAUCACAGGGACACCACCGGGACACCACCGGGACACCACAGGUGCUAUCAUUUAGAAUAA